UUCAUCAUCUCUAACAUUCUGCCAUGGAACCAACGGCAGCAAUUCUCAUUCUUCUUUCAACAUUCUCUUUGAUUCUGCAGCUUCAAGCUUCAAGACCCAUCAUAUCUCACAUUAGUGUCAUGGGUAUGGUCUACUGUGACACAUGUUCCAUCAACUCAUUCAACAACCACACCUACUUAUUAUCAGGGGCAGAUGUUAGGAUAGACUGCAAAUUUAAUGCGGCUUCACCACGAACCGCUGAGCAGAUAUCGUUCUCAGUUAACCGGACUACAAACCGCUAUGGUGUUUAUAGUUUGGAUAUACCUUCUGUGGAUGGGAUCUAUUGUGCUAGUGAUGCUGCGGUUUUGAACACGUGUCGGGCCACAUUGAUUAGAAGUGGUAUGCCGGAGUGUGAUGUGCCUGGUUUCACCACCACUUCUGACGAGUUCUCUAUUAAAUCCAAACAGGCAAAUCUAUGUGUUUAUAGUAUGUUUGCAUUGAGUUUUAGACCAUCCAAGAAGGAUCCUGCCAUUUGUGGAAAGUAGUAGUUGUUAGUCUUGUUAUUAAAGUUGUAUGUUAUACUUGUGUUCCAAUUUCCACUUGUUGGUUACAAAUUUUUAACAAGAUAUUUUAAGUAUAUAGUAAACAAUAGUUGUGUUUUAAA